AGCACGGGACGGUUGGUCUCUUAAAAUACGAAGAGACACCAUGUGGCAAGCGAGCAAAUAUGAAAACAAUAAAUAAUCUAAGAUACAGAGAGAAAUGAAAUUAUUAAUCUAAUUGGGUUUUUUCUUAUUUUCUCUGGAAACAGGCGAAAACAAAAAAGAACAAAAGAAAACAAAAAGAGAAAUGAAAGGGCGUCGAAAAUUUUAUUUGGCAGAUGUCGUUGGAAGCUUUGAAUGCACAAGUCGUAGAGACUCGGUUAUACAAAUUCGCAUCGACUCCAGCUGUCUGUCUGACAUGAGUCAACAUGAUUUUUGACAUGAGUCAACAUGAUUUUGGUUCGACUCGUGUCAGGCGCAUAGCACUGGAACGGUGUCCUUCUAGGAGUGCGGCUUACUUCAAUGAUUUACAGUCCAUGCCUUAGCCAUACCCAUAUACCAGAAGGGAGAGAGAGAGAGAGAGCGAGCCAUGGACCACAGGUUGUUUUAUGCAUGCGUGCUCGAUAAUUAUGUCGACUUCAUGGAGCUAGUUAGGCAGAAUGAGCGGAUGCUAGACGAGCAAGUAGAAAUCACUUUAGACACCCCACUUCAUUUGGUGUGCAGGUUCGGGUGUGUGGAAAUAGCACGGGAGAUCGUUAGGCGAAGACCGUGCAUGGCUUUCUCCCUGAACCGCAGACAGCAGUCUCCAAUGCACAUGGCUGUUGAAUAUAACCAAGAUUACAUUGUGAAUGCCUUUCUAGGCAAUGAACACCGAUACCUGUAUUGCCAACGUGAUGGGCAGGGUCUAGAACCCAUCCAUCACAUGGCCUCGAAGGGGCAAGAGAACAUGUUGUUUGCAAUCCUCCGGUCCUGGCCGAACUCGGCCGCGAGCCUCACCGAUGAAGGCAGGAACGUUCUUCAUCUGUGUGUCGUGCAUGAACAUGGUGACUUUAUUAUCGAUUUGAUCCGAGGUUUUGAUCGUGUGCGCCAACUCAUUCAGCAGCGCGAUAAUCACGGCGACACUGUUUUGGAUCUUGCAAAUAACUUGAAUAUGAGACCUGAGGUAAGAAAUGCCAUCCACAUAUUUUGUUAAGCUCGUACUCAGUGUUUGGAUGCCAUCCCCUCAUCAAAGCAGAUUGUUUGGAUGAACCUAGUGUUUUAAAACGCAGAUUGGAAACCAGUGUUUUAAAAUGCAGAUUGAUCAGGUGGAUGGUUUGGCCCACAGAUCUAUGUUGGAUCUCUGGGUUAGGUUUUUUUUUUCCAAAAAAGAAAAAAAUAUAUAUGAAAAAACGGGUUUUAAGGUGGAUACCAUCCCAUAGCCAGUUGGGUCUCCACCUAUUCCCAUCUAAACCAGCGAUUUGGAUUGAAAAUCAGCGGGUUUUUAAAACACUGACCUAACCGACGAACUGUGGUGAUUUCUCCAAAAUUUCCCGGUUCAAUGGGGAACUAUUUUGCUGAAAAUUGGAGUCAAUAGAAUUUUUUAAAA